AGAGAUGAACUGGGUACGACAGCUGGACACUCAGAGCUUGGACAGAACAGGGAUAAACAGUAGCUUCUACUUCCCGAAGUUAGGAAUUAUCCAGAAAUUCAGACACUUUGAAAGCAUCGUCGUCAUGUGGGACAACGCAGGAGGAUGACCGGACAGCUGCAUCUUCUCAACUUCACAGGAGCUGGAAGAGCGACUCCCUUCAUAAUGAACUGUGCAGUGAUUCUUCUAUUAAUAUCAACCUGCUUCACCUGGUCUUCAGCUAUAUAUACCCCCAACAGAGCAGCACCCAAGAAGCUAAAGUACCUGCUUGAGCCACCCGUGUACGCUGAGGUCGUUGGCAGAAGGGGAGAAAACGUCACCUUGCCGUGUAUCCUAAGAACCAAACCUAACCAUUACAAAGUGAAAUGGACAAAGCUGGAGCAGAAACACGUAGGGCUGGAGAACAUUAUCAUGAUUUUAAAUGCACAUGCCUUCAAGCCAUACGGCCAUCUUGGACCGCGGGCUUCUCUCCGGAAGGCUCACACCAUGGACGCCUCGCUGCUGCUCAGCCGUCUUGAGCUGGAAGAUGGCGGCAAGUAUCGCUGCGAGCUGGUCAAUGGCAUCGAGGAUGAGAGUGUGGUCAUUACUUUGAGGAUUGAAGGUGUGGUGUUCCCAUAUCAGAGUGAAAAUGGCCGCUACAGAUUCACUUUCCAUGAGGCUAAGGAGGCUUGUGCUGAGCAAGAUGGCACAUUGGCCUCAUUGACCCAGCUGUACAGAGCAUGGACUGAGGGUCUGGACUGGUGUAAUGCAGGUUGGCUUCAUGAUGGAACCGUUCAUUACCCCAUUAUUCAUCCACGGCCUGCCUGUGGAGGAGAGCUUGUCUCUGGCAUUCGCAGUUACGGACCAAAAGAUAAGAAUCACGAUCGGUUCGACGCUUUCUGCUUCACCUCCCAGGCGUCUGGCUCUGUCUCCUACAUAUCGGGGGCUUUCUCCUUCAACCAGGCAGUACACGCAUGUAAACGUCAGGGAGCUGAGUUGGCGUUGGUUGGACAGCUGUACUCCGCCUGGCGUUUCCAAAACUACGACCAGUGUGACGGCGGAUGGCUGAAGGAUGGCAGCGUACGGUUUCCCAUCAGCACCCCCAGGGAGCGCUGUGGAGGCAUCCCUGAAGCAGGGGUGCGCUCAUUUGGAUUCCCCAACAAGACGAUGCAUCUUUACGGCGCCUAUUGUUAUAGGUAGCCCAAAAUAAAAACAAACACACUUUUUACAUCAAUCUCAACAGACCUGUGAGUCUAAACCUGAGAGGCCCAGAUUUCACUGCACAGCACAUACAGCUCCAUCUGUCAAUGGAUAGUCCUGAGCAAGAAACCUCACAUCUGAAGCUACAGACAAUUACUGACAGUAGAACUAUAAGGUUAUAUUUGAAUAUUUGUAUUUUCAAAAGUUAAUUAGUCAUAUAAUUUAGUCAUUCUUUGAGUGCUUAUAAGUGUUAUUUAUUGAAUUUAUUUUUGAGUCUAAUUUCUAAAACACAAGGCUCCAUUUAUAACUUGGUGGAGGCAAGACAGUAAAUCCUGUUAUAAAGAAUUUUUUUCCAGGAUGCGUGUAGUUUGUCUACCAGCUACCAGACUAAUGCUGGAUAAAAUUUGGUUGUCGCUGGUAAACCACCAUUUUCACUCCCCCAGUCAAUCUCUCAAAAUUAGUAAUCAUUUAAGAAAUAAUAGUUGGCCGGUAAAACUGUUUUCUAUUUUGGAAGCCGCAAACUAGUUUAACUAAUGGAAGAAUUUGCAGAAUGGAAGUAAAUGGUAUAAAACAUGUUAUACAUACACAGUCAUCUUGCACUAAACCUGUAAUAACAUCUUGACAUUUCUGCAUCGGGUAACUCAUCGACGAAGGUAUGGGCAAGUGAAACACGUUUGGCUAACACUGGGUCGAUCACUGCGCCUGCCAGCGAGUCCGUUUAACACGAGUCUGAACUGCUUCCUGCGAGCUCGUUCAAAGAAGCUAAAACUCUGAAAUGUAAAUAACUCUGUCAGUUACUAUAAAGACUAACUGGUUGAUCUGUAAAUGAAUUAGGCCUACAUGUAAUUGCAUGUAUUCAAUAAAGAUAUGUCCACAUA